AACCGCUAUUCAAAAAUACCAAAUCAAUUUUGCUGGCUCAAAGGUGUCCGCUCUUACGGACGCCAUUACCAGAUCAAUCACGGCCAUGACUCUCGGAGGUGGUGAUCUAUCAAGCCUCAGAACACAAGUCGCCCUGGUACACAUCAACAGUACUUUAGAAGCAGGUUAUAGGUCAAUAGAAGCCGAGAGAAGAGAUAUCAAUGCAGUUUGCCAGGGCAUCAGCGAACUUAGAGCACAAGUCGAGGAAAUAAGAGCUAAAGCUGAGGUCGAAGUACUGGGUUCGUCGGAAGUCCAAGGUGAUGGCGAAGACUCCGUGAAGAAGGCGAUGACUGAGGGCGGAAAGGAGAUGAAACUCUUGCUCGACUCUCUGACUUGGUGGAAGAUGAUUUGGAAGGUCGAUGAGGUUGGAUCCCUUGUUGGAUCUGCCGUCAACAAGGCAUGGUGUAGGGAUCUUAAAGACCAAGUAGGUUUGAAACGUUCUUUGACAGGUAAUUA